GCCUCCGUCACCCUCCGUCACCCUGACACCAUCCCCGCUGAGUGGCAUUGCAGAGGCCGUGACGUCACCGGCCCCUCCCUCCUUCCCCGCCGCUGCUGCUGCAUCACAACAGCCGUCGCCUGCUAGCUAGCUAGCGCACCACUGACCGACCGGGGGGCCCACAGGAGUCUUGUCGCCGUGUCCGUGACGCUGCACCGUGCUUGAGGAUCACAUCGCGGCCGCGCGGGGAGGAGUAGGGUGAUUUCUAACCAUCCACAAGUGGGUCGCCUGCACGAUUGUCUCUGCUCCUGCGUGUCGGGUCAUGGCCAGGCCGGAACAGGUCCUGCUCCUGGAGCCUCAGCACGAACUCAAUUCCGAGGGUCCAUUCUCCGACGUGGUCACCACAAAUCUCAAGCUCUCCAACCCUACAGACAGGAAUGUGUGUUUCAAGGUGAAGACGACCGCGCCACGCCGGUACUGCGUGCGGCCAAAUAGCGGCAUCAUCGACGCAGGCACCUCCAUCAAUGUCUCAGUUAUGCUGCAGCCUUUUGAUUAUGACCCCAAUGAGAAGAGCAAACACAAGUUCAUGGUUCAGUCCAUGCUCGCGCCCCCUGACAUGACCGACAUGGAGGGAGUGUGGAAGGAGGCCAAGCCUGACGAGCUGAUGGACUCCAAGCUGAGGUGUGUUUUUGAGAUGCCAGCGGAGAACGAAAAGACCCACGACAUGGAGUCCAACAAGAUGAUGUCGUCCAGCUCGCUGAAGUCCGAUUCCUCCGUGCUUCCUACCAAGUCCAUGAGCUCCACCCUCGAUGACGGCGAGGUGAAGAAGAUCAUGGAGGAGUGCAAGAGGCUGCAGAUGGAAGCUCAGAGGCUACGGGAAGAAAACAAACAGAUCAAGGAGGACGACGGUCUGCGAAUGAGGAAGAGCAACAUGAUGUCUUCCCAGCACCCCACGGCCGGCAUGAAGAGGGAGGAAGGCCUGAGCGCCCGCACGGUCGCCCUCAUCGUCCUCUUCUUUUUGGUGGGCGUCAUCGUGGGCAAGUUGGUGUUGUAGAGCGCGGCGGGGCAGUCAAGUGGGCGGGGCAUGCUUUGGUGGGGACGAAACCAAAUCAAAAAGGCGGGAUGUUGGAGUUAGGACGAGAUAUGCCAUAUCUGCUGGGUGGGGGGCGGGGGGGGAGGGGAGGUGGUCGGGCUUGCGGGCGGGUGGUUUUGAUUCAGCAUCAUUUAUAGUUAAAAAAAAAAAAAAAAAAGGUAAUGUUUGAGGGGGGAACACAGGAAAUUAAUGAUUCACCGUCUUAUAAAGGAGCUGUUACAGGUCUGCCUAAUCACUUAUGGUCAUUUCCCUCUUCACCAACUUCCAUGAGGACAUGUGGGCGGGGCCUAGCGCAAUGCUCACAUUACCGUUAUUCCUCACGUGCGAGGAAUGUCACGUGUAUGUUUUCUCAACAACAAGAGUAUAUCUUCACCCCCCCCCCCCCCCCCCCUCCAGUGUUGGAUAUAACACCACCGUCUUGUGGUACAGUCAGACAUUUUGCCUAUUUCCUUCCUCUCACCUGAUCACUACACCCCCAUCUCCACCAGGGAGGGCGGAGGCGGAUCUUGGUCGCAUGCAUGUUGCAUCUGGACUGUUUUUUGUUUUGGAAAUCUUAAUUUAAUUGCUUUUAUAACGGUGUUGAUUGUGUGAUUUAUUCGGCUAUAGGUUUGCACAAAUGCUUUCAUUUCUUUUGGUUUGGGUUCGAUAUCCGAGACUUGUUGUCUGCAAAAGCAUUUAGGAUUAUUGCCGGGGGAGAGCUCCGGAUUUUGUCGGCUUUCGUACGGCGCCCGCUAACGUUCACCAGGCCGACGCUUUGCCUUGGGACCUGUUGAGUUUUUCCUCAGGCCCAGACAUGAGUACAGUACCUUGUUACACAUGCCUGGGAGAGAAAUACACAAAACCAGAAGGUGCAUGUAUGGUCUUUUUGUUUCCGUGGCAACAAGGUCCCCGGUAUCCAAACAAAGCUUUUCCACAUCUUCCCUACAGAGCCAUACAUUCUGUUUUUGUGUGCAGAAAAUGUAUGUUAGCAAACAGUGGCAUGUUGCGAGCUGCCUUCACAUGAUUUCCACCUUCUUCUUUUUUUCUUUUCUUCUACUGCUGGCACGUGUUCCAUCGUGGUGUGUUUGUUCAAAUCCAUGUUUUAUAAUCCUCACGGCAUUUGAAGUUGUUUCAUGUUUACUGCACUAAGCUGAAGAGUGUGAUCUUCCUAUAGCCUCGAGGGACCACGAAAUGACAUUGUACUGUGUAUCGGAAGCCAGUGGUUUAUUUUCUUGCGUUGAAAUAAAAGUUUGGGUGGAAAAAUUUGCUGAAAAUAGGUCAAAAUUCCAAAAAAGAACGUUAUUGUGGAUUUGAGAGGCGUGUGUUCCUAUUACUGUAUCUCUUUUAAAGGGGAACUGCACUUUUUUUUUUUUUUGCAUUUUGUCUUAUUCAUAAUCCUUAUGUAAGACAAGAACACUUGUUUUUUUAUGCAUUCUAACUAGGAAAAAAAUGUUAGCAAAAGUCAGCUAAUAAAAGUCAAUCGAAGUCGCUCGAUUCCGCCUACUAAGUGCUGUAAAAACCUCCAUCAAGGCUUUAUAUACACGCUGGACACACCUUCUCAUUCAAUGCGUUUUCUUUAUUGUCAUGACUAUUUACAUUGUAGAUUGUCACUGAAGGCAUCAAAACUAUGAAUGAACACAUGUGGAGUUAUGUACUUAACAAAAAAAAGGUGAAAUAACUGAAAACAUGUUUAUAUUUUCAAGUUUCUUCAAAAUAGCCACCCUUUGCUCUGAUUUAGGGCUGCAACAACUAAUCGAUUAAAAUUGAUUAUAAAAAUAAUUGGCGAUUAAUUUAGUCAUCGAUUCGUUGGAUCUAUGGCAUGCGCAGAGUCUACUUUUUAUUUUAUUUUAUUUAUAAACCUUUAUAAACUGCAACAUGUACAAACAGCUGAGAAACAAUAAUCAAAAUAAGUAUGGUGCCAGUAUGCUGUUUUUUCCCCCAAUAAAAUACUGGAAAGGAUAGAAAUGUAGUUGGUCUCUUUUAUCCAAUCAUUAAUCGAUUAAUCGAAGUAAUAAUCGACCGAUUAAUUGAUUAUCAAAUUAGUUGUUAGUUGCAGCCCUACUCUGAUGACUUUUUCGCGCACUCUCGGCAUUCUCUCGAUGAGCUUCAAGAGGUAAGUCACCUGAAAUGGUUUUCACUUCACAGGUGUGCUUGAAGCUCAUCAAGAGAAUGCCAAGAGUGUGCAAAAAAAGUAAUCAGAGCUAUUUUGAAGAAACUAGAAAAUAAAACAUCCAUCCAUUUUCUACCGCUUAUCCCUUUCGGGGUCGCGGGGGGCGCUGGAGCCUAUCUCAGCUACUAUCGGGCGGAAGGCGGGGUACACCCUGGACAAGUCGCCACCUCAUCGCAGGGCCAACACAGAUAGACAGCAUUCACACUCACAUUCACACACUAGGGCCAAUUUAGUGUUGGCAAUCAACCUAUCCCCAGGUUUUCAAUUACCGUAUUUUUCGGAGUAUAAGUCGCUCCGCAGUAUAAGUCGCACCGGCCGAAAAUGCAUAAUAAAGAAGGAAAAAAACAUAAGUCGCACUGGAGUAUAAGUCGCAUUUUUGGGGGAAAUGUAUUUGCUAAAAGCCAACAGCAAGAAUAGACAUUUGAAAGGCAAUUUAAAAUGUCUAAAGAAUAGUGAACAACAGGCUGAAUAAGUGUACGUUAUAUGAGGCAUAAAUAACCAACUGGUAUGUUAACGUAACAUAUUAUGGUAAGAGUCAUUCAAAUAACUAUAACAUAUAGAACAUGCUAUACGUUUACCAAACAAUCUGUCACUCCUAAUCGCUAAAUCCCAUGAAAUCUUAUACGUCUAGUCUCUUACGUCAAUGACAUCAAUAAUAUUAUUUGAUAUUUUACGCUAAUGUGUUAAUCAUUUCACACAUAAUUCACUCCUGAGUAUAAGUCGCACCCCAAACUAUGAAAAAAAAUUGCGACUUAUAGUCCGAAAAAUACGGUAACUCCACAUGUGUUCAUUCAUAGUUUUGAUGCCUUCAGUGACAAUCUACAAUGUAAAUAGUCAUGAAAAUAAAGAAAAUGCAUUGAAUGAGAAGCUGUGUCCAAACUAUUGUCCUGUACUGUAUAUGUAACAUAUUCAAAAUCAUAACAUUUAAGUUUGCUUAUUUGAAGCAUAUGGCCACGCACUAAUUUAAUAGACGCCUCACAACGUUCGCUUUUUUCUUCAACAACAACACUAAUCAUUGCAGACUUCAUGACAGACAACAUAAUAAAACAAUCACUUACUGUACAAUGUCUUCUUUGAUUAGGAUGCUGACUGAUGGGAUGUUUAUUUCAGUGGCCUAGUGGUUAGAGUGUCCGCCCUGAGAUCGGUAGGCCGUGAGUUCGAACCCCGGCCAAGUCAUACCAAAGACUAUAAAAAUGGGACCCAUUACCUCCCUGCUUGGCACUCAGCAUCAAGGGUUGGAAUUGGGGGUUAAAUCACCAAAAAUGAUUCCCGGGCGCGGCCACCGUUGCUGCCCACUGCUCCCCUCACCUCCCAGGGGGUGAUCAAGGGUGAUUGGUCAAAUGCAGAGAAUAAUUUCGCCACACCUAGUGUGUGUGUGACAAUCAGUGGUACUUUAACUUAAUAUCUUCCCGUCUAGAUGAAGAAUGAAUCAUCAGUGAUUUUUUUUUUCCGGUCUAAAUUGGAUGUCAAAGUGUACCAACUUCUGGUUUUAUGUCCACAUUAUUUUACUAUCCAGGUGAAAGGCAUGAUUUGUAAUUGUGAGAGUCUCAAGCCGUCGUGUGGGUUCCAAGGACCACCAAGCACAGACAUUACUCCGAGCAGAGUUUUGACUUUGUUUAUUUGUCAAUAAACCUUCAGCCCCGUCGGGUCGCUUAUCAGCUCUGCCACUUUCACUGCUCGUUCCUCUGUUCGCUUUUCAGCCGUCUGCCUCUCGCUCUCUUCCGCGCUGCACGUGUUCCUGUUGGCUCUCCAACUCCCUCUCUCCCGUCGUUCUCGGCUGCCGCCCUUUUACACACUGCGAGGGGAUUACUCAAUUGUGCCCAGCCGGGCGAUUCCCGCACCUGAGGUUGGCGGCGUUGAAUCCGGCGCGCCUCGCUCGCUGUCCACGCCUUCUCGCCGCCAUCUUGGAGCGGGCUCCGGUGUGCCCUGCCUCGCUGUCGGACUGCCGGCCCCGCCUCUCCACAGUAAUCUAUAAUUAACUUUCACCGGCUCAGAGGCGAGAGAGCAGCUCACCGGCUGAUGUCAAUAUAGCAGCAUAAGCUAGUUAGCGCUCUGAUCAAUGUGCCGCUAAAAGUAGAUCCUUAACGUAAAAUCUUAUAAUAACACUUGCUUCAUAUUAAAGUCACACAAUUGUAAUGUUUUUAGCCGGUUUUAUGGACGCAAUGAUGUCAUGGCUCCAUUGUAAGUUUGAGUUCCAAUGCAUAAAAAAAAGAGGUGUUCUUGCCUUAUAUCAGGAUUGUGAAUUAUCAGCAAAAUCCCCCCCUCAAAAAAAGUGCAGUUGCUUGAGGAUGACUUGCUGAAGAGAGGGCUGAGCAGACCUGGAAUUAAUUUACCAUCAUGUAGUACUUGCAGGAAAAAAGCUGCACUGUUCACUGUGUUUCAGUUGGAGCAUUGCUACAUUUAACACAACACAAAUAACACUAUUUACCUGAAUUGUGUAAAAAAAAUAAUGGAAAAAAAACUCCAAUCCUGCCAUGACGCACCACCGAUUUGCUAACUCCCAAGUAGGCCGAAAACACAGCGUGUAAAUACUUGAUCCCGGGCAAGACACUACAGUCGCCAUCAACCUGAAGCAGUUUGCCAACUGUUUUGUAUGUAUGUAAACAAAUAAGUCUAUCUGAGAAGAGGAAAACAAAGAUGAAUAUUCUUAGUCAAGUAGUCUCUCUGGUGUAUAAAAACUCAAUCCCACCUGGUUGGACUAUGUAGCAUCUUAAUAAAUGAAAGGAAUUAAAGUCCCUACCUGACCGUGUGAUGUCAUUUCCUG